AUGGCCCUGCCGGCUCUUUGGGGGUGGUGGCUCUGCGGUUUAGGCCUUUUUGUCCCCGCGGUCUUCAUGGUAUUUAAAAGGAUGUGCGACAGAAGGGGGGAUUACAAAAUGGAUUACUGA